AUGGACAAAAACCAUAGUUUAAGACAGAAUUUAAUCCAAAGGAAUAGCACACUCCAAUGGCAAUCCAGUAGCCAACACGGCUUGUCCCUGAUUCUUCACUGCGGCCGCGGUCUCUACAAUCUUCUGAACAACCAUAAUCAUCGUAGUGAACACUGUGAAUCCAAGUCCUUCAGUCAACGACACUGCCUGCGGGAAUUGAGUCUUCAAAUCAUCUCGGAUCUCCGGUUUGACAUCUCGGAUACUCAUCGCAAAGUCACGGAGAAGUUGAAGAUUCUGAGCAGCAGUCUCUCCAGCUGGACGUUGAUCUCCUAG